AUGGGCAGCGGCUGCUGCUGCCGGUGCUGCAAGCGCCGCCAAAAGAACCGAGUGAGUCCCCACGGUUUACCUUACAAGGACUUCCCGCACUUUGUCAACCGGGACGGGAAUUACCUGUUCUGCAGGUACUGGGAACCUGCAACAGAGCCCAGGGCGAUGCUGAUGAUAGUACACGGUGCAGGCGAGCACAGUGGUUACUAUUGCGACUUCACCUCAAUUUUCACUGACCUGUCCUUGUUUGUAUUUGCACACGAUCACUUUGGCCAUGGGCAGAGUGAAGGCAAGAGGCUGACUGUGCCUGAUUUCAGUAUUUACGUCCGUGACUGCCAGCAACACAUCGACAUGAUGAGAGACCGAUACCCAACACUGCCCCUGUUCCUGUUGUCGCAAUCCUUGGGAGCUACGAUUACACUCAAUGUAGUGACCAAGAGACGAGAUAUCACUGGGCUGAUAUUUUUGGCACCGUUAGUGCAAGUGAAUGCUGAGUCAGUGUCAGCAUCCAGGAUGUGCUGCACCAGCAUUUUAUAUUACCUGACGCCAAAUUUAACCAUGGGAAAUGUGAACCCCCGUUGGCUGUCAAGUUCAGCAGAAGAGGUGCAAAAGAUCGUGGACGACCCUCUCAGCACCUUAGGACCUUAUAGUAUGAGAUAUACCAUCCAGGUGUUAAAUGCUGUGGCCAAGCUCAAGGAGAUAAUACCCACCAUCACAGUGCCUAUGCUGAUUGCACAUGGUGAAUUAGAUAAAAUGUGUGAAAUCCAAGGCUCUUUCCUCUUGUAUAAGAACGUGGCUAGCCAGGACAAGACACUGAAGAUCUUCAAGAAUGCUUUGCACCAUAUACAUAAGGAGACACCAAGCAUCGUCGCAGAACUCAAAGUGCUGAUUAGAAAGUGGCUUAGGGACCACUUAGACUGAUUCAACUCUAAAAAACGCUUCUAAGCAUCCUUCUAAAAUGUCUUGAGGUUGAAUAUGUUGUCAGGUUUGGUUGGGGGGGGGAGAGAAGUGUCUGGGAACAAAAGCAAUUUUUGGAUACCCAAAAAAUACAUAAUUAAUUAAAACUGUGUCAACAUUUGCAUUUGUUGAUUAACUGUC